CUUAUCGGAAGUUGGGUCUUUUGUUUUUCCGGUAGCUUCAAUGUGGUGUUGUAACAUCUCAUAAGGUCACUCACAGCGGCUGUUCGUAUCAGUUCAAACAGGUAAUCAUACAGAGUACAGCAUAUACUUUAGAUGACGGUUGAUUUACUGAUGGAGCCAGUGUAACCAGAGGAAACCGGCUGAAUCGUUAUACAUUUGUUAACCCGUUUAAAACAGUCGAACAUCAGAUCCUGCAUCAACUGCAACACCUGAAAUCCUCAGAAGACUUCUCAGCCAAUCAGAGCUCGCUGUCCACCCCCUUACCUCAUAAAGCCUGUUAAAAAAUACCAGAGGCCAAAAACUCACCAAAAGACAAAGUAAACUGUGGUAUACUUUAGCUCCAGCUUUAAACUGAUGACCCAUUCAGAUAACCAAUUCAGGGUUCGACAUCACAUUCAGUGUCUGUCGGUAAUUAUACAUCUCCCUAGACUGACAUGAGAAGAAUGUCAGUUAUGUGCUGAGAGCUGAACUUUCCCCUUCACUUCAAUUCAGUCUGAGUUUGAUCACAGCAGCAUCUUUAGAGGACAUUAAAGGAACAUCAUUAGAGGAACUGCAGCUGAAGAUACUCCAGUACCGGAGUCAUUGUGUCCUUAUAGCUCCCUGCUGACCUGGUUUCUGAUCUUUGGUCUGGUGAGUUGGUCCAAUGGCACGGCACAGUAAGCUGCAGAAGCAGGUCCUUGCUCUGUACCGGCAGUUUCUGCGGGCCGGUCAGGACAAACCAGGUUUCAUCCCACGAAUCCGUGACGAGUUCAGAGUGAAUGCUUGCAUCAAGAAGACAGACGUGAUGCACAUUGAGUAUCUGUACAGGCGAGGACAGAGACAGCUGGAGCAGCUGAGGGACGUAAACACCAAACAGCUAGGCUCUUUCUCCAAACCUGCAGAGAAGAGCUGACCUCUGACGAUGUCACUGGCUGUUAAUGCCACAAAUACCUCUCAAAGACUUGGUUACGACUGGAAUACAAGAUGCUUAAGUCCAAUUGGCA